AAGUUUUUAACUUCAACAAAUCUGAUUUGACAAUUGUCAAUGUCUUUUGUUUAUAACAUCUUUCUCAGUGUCAGGAUCACACACCACUUCUCAUGUAUAAAUACACAUAAGACCAAUUAGAUUGGUAAAAGGGAAUCUCAAAAGUGUGAUAGAGAGAGAAAGAUAGAGAGGAGAGAGGAGAGAGAUAAUGGGCAAAGGAAGAGCGCCAUGUUGUGACAAAACCAAAGUGAAGAGAGGACCAUGGAGCCACGAUGAAGACUUAAAGCUCAUCUCUUUCAUUCACAAGUGUGGUCAUGAGAACUGGAGAUCUCUCCCAAAACAAGCUGGAUUGUUAAGGUGUGGCAAGAGUUGUCGUCUACGAUGGAUUAAUUACCUCAGACCUGAUGUGAAACGUGGCAAUUUCAGCGCAGAGGAAGAAGAAACCAUCAUUAAACUUCACCAGAGCUUUGGGAACAAGUGGUCAAAGAUUGCUUCUAAACUUCCAGGAAGAACAGACAAUGAGAUCAAGAACGUAUGGCAUACACAUCUCAAGAAAAGAUUAAGCUCGGACACUACUAACCUUAAUACCGAAGAAGCGGGUUCAAAAGGUUCUCUGAACGAAGAAGAGACCUCUCAAGAGUCAUCCCCUAAUGCUUCUAUGUCUUCCUUUGCUGGUUCCAACAUUUCAAGCAGAGAAGAAGAUGACACACAGAUGAUGAGUCAAGCGUUUGAUCAUAUCCAAACAUACAGCGACUUUACAGGGAUGUUACAAGAGGUAGACAAACCAGAGCUGCUGGAGAUACCUUUUGAGUUAGAUCUCGACAUGUGGAGUUUCAUAGAUGGUUCAGACUCAUUCCAACAAGCUGAGAACAGUUGGAGUCAGUCAAAGGCUCCUCAAGAGUCUGAAGAAGAUGAAAUCGAGAAAUGGUUCAAGCACUUGGAAAGCGAACUCGGGUUAGAAGAAAACAAUAACCAACAGCAUGAAGAACAGGGCACCAGAGACGGAGAAGACUCAUCUUCUUCAUCAUCAUCAUCAUCACUUUUGAAAGGUUACGAACUCCUGAUACAUCAAUGAAGCCAUAAAAAGCAAGUCAAUUUAUUAUUACUAUCCUCCUCAAUGAAGAUCUACUACUACUACUACUACAAAAAAGAGCUAAAAUCUUGGCAUUUUUAGUAGAUAAAACAAGAUCAGUUAGGCGCAAUGUAGUAGCAAAUAGCAAAGAAACGUAGAAAUGAUUGCUUUGUUUUGUAAGUGAUCACAAGCUAACAACAACCAUCUAGAAAUGGAAAGGUGACAGUCACAGAUGAGAAA